UGGAAGCGUACAACGGCACCCAUCUGCAUCUGCCGAAGCUGGAGCGAAGACAAAUGGGCGCUUACCUGUGCAUCGCCUCGAACGAUGUUCCGCCGGCCGUUAGCAAGCGUGUUUCGCUGAGUGUGCACUUUGCACCGUCCGUACGUCCAACAAGUCAGCUGCUGGGGGCCCCGCUCGGCUCGGAUGUGCAGCUCGAGUGCACGGUCGAGGCGUCACCGAUGCCCGUGUCCUACUGGCUCAAGGGUGGCCGCGUCCUGCCGAACAGCUUCGGCAGCCUAACGAACGGCAAUUACGACCAGGCGGGCCUCAGCCGACCGGAAAUGCUGCUCGAUGGGCCCAAGUACGGGAUCGCCGAGGAACGGCACGGAUUCCGGACCAACAUGCGGCUCGUCGUGCGAUCCUUCUCGCCGGCCGACGUCGGGACGUAUCACUGCGUUAGCACCAACUCGCUGGGCCGCGCCGACGGUACCAUGCGACUGUACG